CAAAGCAUGACUACAUAUUGUAAAAUAAUGUUCAUUUUGUUAUACGUUAGAAUUAAUUGCUUCUUUUAAACUUUUGGUUUGGUGAUCAGCGUAAAGUUCACUUUCAUCACUUUGAUGCCUGGGUGUUUUUGAUUCGUGCCGUAAAAGUAACUGUUAUAAGUAAUUGACAGGAACGAGACUGUUAUCCAGUUUUGUUUAUCAUUUUCAAUAUUCGGCAAAAUGGUGGUAUUUUUGCCAAGAUUGACAAAGUGCUGCUUUUGUAUACCUUUGAGAACUGGAGCUUUAAUCGUAGGAUAUUUCUCUUUAUUAUUAUCCUUGGCUAUAAUCAGUGUAAUGAGCGUAUCUCUCUAUAGAGUUGUGAAAUAUGUAGGAGACCACAAAAACAAUCCAACCCCAGGCUUCACGGCGGAGGAAAUGCAGACCACUGCCGUCGGACUUUACGUUUCACAUGCAUACUUCAUCAUUGUUUUCCUAUACUGCUGUGUUAUCAGUCUGAUGCUCAUCGUUGGACUUCAUAGGAAUAAUCUUCGCCUGGUCCGGUACUACGUAACAACAGCAAUUGUGUCGCUCGUAAUGGUGUUGGCUCUCGUGGUGCUGACUUUUGUGUAUUUCGGACUGAUCGCCACCUUGCCGUUGCUCAAGUGGAGUUUAAUCCUGUACUACUUCGUAAUCGUGGUGCACAGCGCGUACCUAGAGAUGGAGGAUCGAGAAAAGCCAGUGGAAUUACACGAUAUGUCACGUCCGCCGGGGCCUACUGAGCAACCACUUAUAUAUGGUUAAAAAAAUCACACCGUACAGCGGCGAUUUCAUUAGUAGAGAGAAAAAGAAUUGACUCCAAUUAGCCGUGAAGUCAUGCACUACGUUUUUUUUAAGAUUUACUAGGAAUGUGUUACAUAUGUAUAGGUGACUUUAAAAAUAAAUUAUAUGUAUUGACAUUUCCUC